AUGACAAGUGUGGAGAAAUCACAGUUGUCUGCUCGUCGGAGGAAAUGGGCACCUAAGCUUAAGUCUGGGUGUAUGACCUGCAAAAUUCGCAGAGUCAAAUGUGACGAAGAAAAGCCUCAGUGUCGGCGAUGUAUUUCUACAGGUCGAAAAUGUGAUGGAUAUCCUCACCCACCUUUUGCAGUUAAAGUUUUCUACGACAAUAAUUCGUGUCGACAGCGACUUGUUAACUCCGAUCUCGUCAGUCCUGGAAGUUCAUCUCCUUUGUUCGGGGGUUACCCUUUGGACGAAAUAACGAUUCCAUAUACGCAUAUCUCAGAGCAAACUGAUCAAGUUCGACUACUUUCUGGACGAACUUCCCCCCUAAUAUACCCCCUAGCUGAAUCGUGGAAUACUCACUUCAUGCCCUUCGUCAUAAAUAAGUUCAAGCUCGCAUUCGAAAUGUCCAAAAACAUCUUUAAUACUAUUCCCGAUGUUCUUUCCAAAGCAGAGGAGAAGUCUGCUCUGUAUCAGGCCUGCAAUGCUGUCGCACGCGCUUAUAUGGCCAGCAUUACCCGGACUUCGAAGGCAACCUCCGAUCGAGCCAAAGCAUACGGAUCUGCGCUUAUGGCCACUCGUUCAGCCAUUCAGGAUCCUCAGCGAUGCAAAAGCGACAAUACAUUAUUAGCUGUAUGGCUGUUAGGACUAUACGAGCUCCUCUUGGGCAUACGAAAGGGCACUGAGCCGGUCGCGACUCAUGGAUGGCAAUUCCACAACCAAGUGUUGUCAAAGUUGAUUCGCCUGCGUGGCCUGGAGCAGUUUAUUACCCGGAGCGGGCGGAAUCUUUUUGUCAUUAUAUUUACUAACAUGGAAACCCAAGCAUUCAUGUCUGGCCAAGAAUGUGAAGAGACAUUGACAUGGUUUCUUGAGUACCAUAAAUAUUGCGAACUAUCAGAAUAUCCAUUGCUUAGGGCAUGUAUUUUCUCGCAUCACUGUGCCCGCAUCUGCAGCCGCGUUCGCGCUCUAGUUGAUAUAGGUGACCUCGACAAGGUGCUGUCCACCUCACCGUCCAUCCUCCAAGAGAUGGAUGAAGUGGAGCAAAUAACCCAUCCCUUAUCCCACGACGAGGCGGUGGCAAGCUGUGUGAUAGAUCACCCAACGACGCCGUACACUCGGCCGAAGCACACAUACCCGUGUUAUGUCGGUGUCCACAUCCUCCAAAGCAACUUCCGCAUGCGACUCUCAUACGCAGUCUUGGAAUUCUUGGGGUAUGCAUGUAAGGCCCCGGGUUGCACGCCUCAACAACGAAUGGUUUUUAAGCGGUACCAGCGUCGCUGUGUCGAGGAGCUCGAAGCUCUUGUGGAUAAAGCCUCACGUAUCCUGGAUAUGUUUCCCGAUGUGGGGUCUGGUGAGAACCCCGAUCGGGGGAAAGACGUAGUGGAUGAACCGGAUGGCAAGGAUUCCGGCACUGAAGGGUCACCAGACAUAGUAAAUGCUCCGUUCGAAGACCCACGCGGACGAUCCACCCCAGCUGUGAAACUCUGUUUUGACCUUCAACAGUCAAUAGAUGGGAAAUCCACUCUACUAUUCAAUCACAAUGACCGUGGAAUGUCCGUUCUCCGGUUUUGGUUUGGAGAUGAGACAGAAACACAAGAGACAGUCAUGACAUAG